ACUGUUUUUCCUCUUCGGUUUGGUGGUCAUCCGUGAGUUGGAGAAGUUCUUCAGCUCCAAUCUGGGUGCUUCGGUUCUUGAGGAGAUAGAGUGGGGAUUCUGUGUGUUGGUGGUGCUUGGAGCUGUGAAAGCCUAGGCUCGCCCGUACGCGCGGUUGCGGUGCGGUGAGGCACUGUAUCUCCGAUUUCCUCGUCGACGGCGACUCCGGCGAAUAGGAUUUCUGGGUCAGCGGCUUUGCUGCCGUGCCCUGCCUCCCUGAUUCACUCGUUUGAGUGUAUUGCACUGUGAGUAUAUCCAGUUCGCAUAUCCUUUCUUUCUCUGCAGAUCUGGACAUUAGAGGUGCUUGUUUAAUAUGCUCGGUGAUGAAUUCGUAUGCAUAGGCUGGACAGAUUUUCAGUACAAUAGUUAGUCUUGUGCAUUAUCUAAGAAAUCUGUUUCUAUUUGGUGGUCACCGAUCUCUAAAUCUCUAGAGUGGCUUGGUCUGUUCUGGACAACCGAAUGUAUGUUCUGGUUAUGAUGCUGGUAUAUUACUUGAAGCCUGAGGUGAUAGAUGAUGUAUGUACUGGUUGAAUGUCUCUUUUGGUUCCUGACUCAGCUGCCAAAUUAGUUCUCUGGCCUCCUGUCAGGUUCAGCUGUUGUGCAUUCUUACAGGCACAUACUCUUCACUCAGUUUGUGAUAGCAUUUAAACCCAGAAAGAUUUUAUAUCUUCUUUAGAUACUGCUCAAGUUCUAGUCUAGUUGUUAUCUGUUAAUUUUGUCCAGUCAAUGAUGCAAUCUUUAGAACAGUUAGGGAGCAGGAUUGUAUAUGUCCUGGGGCCAACUGUUGUGUUAAUUCUGAGAGCUCUUUUAUCUGUCCUAAGCACCUAUUGUCCAGAUUUGGUGAUAUGCAUGGUUAUGGAAUCUGAUAAUCUUAUUUGUCAGUUGUUCUUUUCAAAUGUCCUGUAUAUUUGUCCUGGAUUGUUUUCCUUUUAUCUCUGUAUAUGUGGAAUAAUAUUAUUGCUCAUAUUAUCGCAAAUAUUACAACAAUCCAGAAAUCCUAUCAUUGCUUCUGAGAUGGCUAGCUCUAGCUCUUCUGCACUCCCACCGUCGUCCUCGGACGCGAUUAAGCCUGAGAUCUUUGAUGGGACCGGCUUUAAGCGCUGGCAGGCCCGGACGAGGCUGUGGUUGAUGGAGCUCGGUUUAUUCUGGGUCCUCACCGAAGAGCCGCCCGCCCCCCAGGGGGAAGCCGUGCUAGACGAGGUCGAAAGAACGCGUCUUGACGCGUUAAGGGCCCGUUGGGAGAAGGCAAAUGCGUCUGCCCUGGCACGUCUCUUGGCUGUUCUGUCGAACAGGCUCUUCGACGUGUACGUGAGCUUCGGGGAAGCGCGGAAGGUGUGGACAGAGCUGAAUGACAAGUAUGCUGAAAGCGACAACGGCAACGAGUCCUUCAUGGUGGCAAGCUAUCUGAACUUUCGUAUGGGAGAUGGCAGAUCAGUCAUGGAACAAAUCCAUGAGCUUCAACUGAUCGUGCGGGACUUAGGCCAGUAUGGCUGUGUCCUCCCGGAGAACUUUCAGAUUAAUGCCAUUCUGGCAAAGCUGCCUACUUCUUGGCGUGACUUUGUCACUGCACGUCGGCAUUUGAAGCAGCGAUUGACUCUUAAUGAGCUCAUUGCUGCUAUAAAUGUCGAGGAGAAGUCCAAGGCAGGCUAUGGUGGGGGGAAGACGUCUGCUCAAGCAAACCUUGUCGAACACAAGAACCAUCCUGGCAAGAAUAUGAAGAAAGAAAAGACCAAGCCUGGGUUUUCGGGACCGAAGGUCAAUGCAAUGAAGAAGAAGAAAAAACCCGAGAUUGUCUGCUACGUCUGCGGCGAGUCGGAUCACAAAGCCAACAGAUGCCGCAAUCGUAAAGGCAAGGGGCCAACACCUGAACAGCAGAAGGCAGCCAAAGCCCAAGUGAAUGUGGCGGUUGCAAUGGCCAAUGAUACUGGCAAAGGCGACUCCACUAGUGGGGCGCAGAUGGUGGAUCCGUACUGAUGGGGAACGGGGUCUCGGCAGCAGUGCGCGGAGUAGGACAAGUGAGCCUGAAGUUGACUUCUGGCAAGACUCUUGUCCUGAAGGACGUGCUGUUUGUACCUGCCAUGACGCGCA